AUGGGCAGUUGGGCCCGCAGAGGGAUUUCUGCUUCCCUGGGAGCACGUGCACAGUUGGCUACUGAAUGUGUUUUGACUUCUCUGACCUCUGCUCUGGCUAUGGGCCUGUGUGUUGCAAUGAUAGCCUUUGUUCGGCUGCCGAGCCUGAAGGUUUCCUGCUUGCUACUCUCUGGGUUACUAAUUUAUGAUGUCUUUUGGGUCUUUUUUUCUGCCUACAUCUUUAACAGCAAUGUUAUGGUGAAAGUGGCCACACAACCAGCUGAUAACCCCCUGGACGUUUUAUCCCGGAAACUUCACCUGGGACCAAAUGUGGGUAGAGAUGUUCCCCGUCUGUCGCUGCCUGGUAAACUUGUAUUUCCAAGUUCCACAGGCAGCCACUUCUCCAUGCUGGGGAUCGGAGACAUUGUGAUGCCAGGUCUUCUGCUCUGCUUUGUUCUGCGUUACGACAACUACAAAAAGCAAGCCAACAGCGAUUCCUGUGGUGCCCCAGGACCAGGGAACAUCUCUGGACGUAUGCAGAAGGUCUCUUACUUUCACUGCACACUUAUUGGAUAUUUUGUAGGUCUAUUAACUGCAACAGUAGCUUCUCGUAUUCACCGGGCAGCCCAGCCUGCCCUGCUCUAUUUGGUACCUUUUACUUUAUUGCCGCUCCUCACCAUGGCCUAUUUAAAGGGCGAUCUACGUCGCAUGUGGUCUGAGCCUUUCCACUCCAAGUCCAGCAGCUCCCGUUUCCUGGAGGUAUGAUGGAACAGACAGGAAGUGACCUGAACUUCUGCCUUGGUCCUUUUCACUUUAACUUGUGGCUUUGUUGUCUCCUAAAGCUGGACUGGCUGGUACUUGGGAAGGUACCAAUUACGGGACUUGUAUGAAGGGACUUUGUAUUAGAAGGAGGAAAAGGAAAAAAAACUAAGACCCUGGAGCUCCGUGUGACUCCGUAUCUCCCUGCAGAUGUGGAAUUGGGGACCCUUUGUGCAACUGCAGCCACUUUCCUCUUUUCCUCGCUCGGAUGGAUUAGUACCAGGCUAUUACCUGUGUGAGAGAGGAAGAGACAGACUUGAAACUGAAAACGACUUGAGGUCGUUCAAAAACUUGUGAACACUAAAAGAAAAAACCGUUAAGCAAACUGAAGCUUCAGAGAACCCUCGUGGACAUUGGGACCAGUUUCCUGCUGGACUUCGGUUUUGAAAAGAACUGAGACAGAAGCAGUUCCAGUUCUGUUAUUUUAUUGACUGAAAGGCUUCCCUGAGGUAAUGAGAACUUUUGUCCUUUACAAUACUCUACCAAAUUGGGCUUGGGGAACUCUCCUGGUCGUAGCUCUUGGUAGCUGGAUGGAUGCUGGUAACUGUUAGCUGACUGGACGGGAAACAGGAAUGUUUAAGGAUGAACCUGACUGAACAGUAACAUCACUCUGGGGCACGGUGUCAUUACAGAGGUAAGGAAGCUUCAGUGAAACACCUGAUCCGUUCUGCUCUGUCAGAUGUUACAAGAAGAGCAUAUUUGGAGCAGAAGAAAAUUUUGUCUGGCCACGUGUUUGUACGGUCAUUAAUUAACCCCUUCCUCUGUUCUCAGGCAGGUCUGCCGCUGCUCGCAGGCAGGGGGGCUGAUGAGGCCGAUGGCCUCCGAGCUGGCUGCAGCGGAUCUCUGAGACAGGUACAACAUCUGAAGAAACAGUGAGAAGCAGCGCAGCCCUUCACAGGGGCAGGGGGCUCCAAGAUUAGCAAGUGUGAGCGGGUGGGUGUGGCAAGGGGGAUGGUGUGACUUUAUUUUCAUUAAUCUUAUCUUAGUUGAAAGCAUUUCCUCUAUCGUGUCUGCAACACUCACUGUCAGGGAACUGUCACGUCUUAAUGAAGCAAAUGGGUUAUAAUUAAAAAUUUGCUUUUAUGGUUCAUAGCAGGUGUUAGGUCCCAGACUUUCAGUCAGCUUGGGAUAAGGGAAAGGCAUCAGUUUUCAGCUACACACCUCAAGGUGAAUAAAAUAUUGAUAUUCAGGAUAUUCAGAGAGAGAAAAAAAGACACUUCUGGGUUGGUUUUUUUUUGCCCAGAGGUUCCGAGCAGUGGAAUAACAUUUUUAGAUCCAGUUUGCUACUGCUUUAUCUUCCCAGCCAUUCCACCUGAUAGCAAUGCACAUCUCAGGUGCUUUCAGCUUCUCGGCAGUUCCCUCCUGCCUUUGGAAUUAAAAUAAAAGGCCUUUCUUUAUUUUGCAGUGGCAUUUCUUUAUUCCCCACCAGGAAAACGUGCCUAUGAAUGAUCUUCUACACUUAAAAUGGGUUCUGGAAAAAGUUCUAGGAGUGCUAAUUGACAAAUGCUUAAUGAGAAUUAAUUCAGCUUUCCAGAAAAAUCUUGGCCUGCCUUUUUAAGCUGUAUUGCCCUCCUGCACGCUCUGCGACCUUCUGACUUGAACUGAGGGAAGAGACUGAGCUGUAACUGCAACGCUUUGUUGCUGAACCCACAGGUAGUGCCUGCUGCACUGAGCCGACUGCCCCACUUCCCCAGUGGGAGCUUGCACCUGCCAGGUGAGCAAAAUGGGACUGAAAACUGUUUGCCCCUUCAGCAUGGAACAAGAAAAGGAGUUUGGUGCUUUGCAGAGGUUAACUGAAGCGUAACUGUUCUAAAUACAAAGCUAUUCCACUUGCAGAGGGAAAAACAUCCUCCUAGGCUUUCCGAGUAAGUGAAAGCUGUAAAGCUUUGUCCCACGGCCGCCCUGUCUACAACCACCUCAGCAUUCGGGGGGAUUAGAACCAGAUUCUUACCUCGCUACUCAGCUGCUGGGCCCUCUCUGUGCAGAUGCACCUUUUGUCCUUGUUUCUUCAGUCUGGCCGACUACGCAUCUUCUCAGCUCAAGGUGAAGUUGCACAAGCUCCUUUGGGUUUCCAGAGGCCAUCGAGGGCCUAGGGUUCCCUGUCCCUGGGGUGCAGCACAGUUGUUCAUGCCGCCUUGGUUUAGCGUUUUGUUGAACUCCUUAAUAAACUACUUGGCACACAGCCCUGCAGUGGGAUCACUGAGCCCCUUCUUCUGAAAAGGUGUCAGAAAAAAAAAUUUCAGUAGUUGUUUGACUAAUAUAAGCCUUCUUAUAGGAAGGUAAAAGGAUACUGGCAAAAAAGUGAUAACCAGAGCCUGUUUAUAGCAAAGUACAAACCUGUUAAUGGUUCUGGAGUCGGUUUUGUGCUCUGUCUUUGUGAAUAGUCAGCUUAGAAAUUCUACUGUUUGUAUUUUGAAAUUUCCCUAAGGUCACACUUAAUCUUGCAAACAUUAUGAGUUCAGAAGUGACCCGGGGGUUGUCUAGCCCGUUGUGUCGCACUCAGAAGGCUUUUGCUGAGAUGAACAUUUCCUGUCUUGAGCAUGGAAGCACGGUGUGUUCUGUGAGGGAAGGGGAAGACGUCACGGAGGCGAUGAGGAAAUACACGCUGUCGGUUUGGUGGCUGCCCCAGCUCAGCACUGACCUCCUUAGAGGGGGAAGUGGAGGGAAGGCUCUCAAGUAUUUUUCUUUUUAUACAAUUAGUGAGCGAGCAGAAUUUGAAACUAAUUUUUAGCUAAACAGUAGUAAACUGCGUUUUUCAUUCAAGCAACACCACUGUCACAUUUUCUUAUCUCUGUUUCAUUUCUUCUUCCCAUUAUAGGUACUUUGCUCUUUCACUUCAGGAUGUCUUUCAAAUUUGGCAUGUUUCACGCUUUCCAAGACCCCCAGCCUUACCUGAAUGUGUGGCUGUUGCCAGAUAAAGCUGUCAGGGAAGACUACUAGAGAGGACUAUUCUGGUGGGAAAGCAAUGCUACAGCCAUUUCAGCCGAGUCCUGUGGAAAAUUUUAUACACUGCUUAAACUUGGAAGGCUGAGAUGGAGCUUCUGGUUUUUUUUCAAAAUUGUGUGAAAUUGAGAGGUGAGCCCUGUCCCGCUGUGCUCCAAGGAAGGCAGAUGCUUCAGAAGGGGAUCCAGACUCCAGGCAGCUCUUCAUUCCUGGUGGGGGACGGGCCAAGAAGGAUGUGGGUCAAUGUCUGUGCUUCUCCCCAGGAAGAGUUAAAUAUUUCUCACCUGUGUGCAUUUAAUUGUGACAGCCCAGAACAGCUCGUCUCUUCCUUUAGUCUGUUGGGAGCUCACAUGAAGAGACUGUGAGCUUUAUAUACAAUAUAAAACAUAUCAAAUAUAAGGUGAGGGGAAGUAACUCCUUGUUAUUUUAACUGUGUUUCCUAAGAAAUGAUUCAAGUUAGGGCUCCCCCUGCUUCAUUCCCAGUCUGUUCUGUAACCAGUUUCACAUAUGCUUAAGAGCGUUGUGGGGCUAAAACCCACAAUGCCCUUGGAAAGGUGUAGCUGUGGCUUAUCUCCUUUCCCCACCUCUUUCUAAUUUAUGUAUGACCUGGUUUUCCCAGCUCGGCGCCCCAACUGUGCAAUGUUGGCUGAGUUUGUAAACUGAUAAAAACAUUUGGCUUCACCUGUAAAUAGACCCUUUUCUCCAAGGAAAGCCUGGCCCUGCCCACACCUAGCCAGGUUACGCUGUCUGGGGGUGGCUCUCGGGAAGAGCUCCCUCUGUAAUGCUGCAAAACAUGUUUGUGUUCUGCGCUUUCAGCAGUUCUGUAACAGCCCUGAGGAGCAGACGCACGUGCGGUACAGCCACAAGUCUCUCGGCCAGCAGCAGCAAGGAGUAAGCUCUUGGUAUCUUGCUCCGGGAAAAGCCAGUUCUUUGCUCUCGGAGCUCUGGGGCAGGCUUUGUGCAUAACCGUGCUGUUUACCCAAGCACUGCUGCAGACAGUGUGUGUGGCAGGUUACCAGUCCCUCUCCGGACCUGUGGCAGCAAGGAAGGUAUUGGCAAGCUUUUGUUUAAGAGACUUUGCACCCUUAAAGUGUGUUUUUAAGUAAUAGCAAAAGGGAAUUCUGAUAGAGUAUCUUAAGCUGCUGCUAGGCUCAGGAACCUGACUGGAUGCUGUAGCUACACCAGUGAUGGGUUUUAUUUAUUUUUUUUUUGUACCAGCUCCACCCUUUCAGUAAGUUGAUGAUGUGCAGUGUAAUUUGAUACAGGUUAUGGCAGAGGUGCAGCACUCAGCAAGUUAGCAUCAAGUACGCAGUUGUGAGCCAGGUCAGCUGUUGUACUGAUGUCAGAGCAAGCAAGAAGCUCGUUAAUGAGGCACGCGGUGCGUGAUCCAGGCGCUCCCAGAAGCAGACUCUGAUCACAGGCACAGCAUCUCGUUUGUUGGUUCUUAAGGUGUGUUCUCUGUCAGCCGAGGUGUUCAUCGCUGUUCCCCCCCUUAGGUCAGCCAUGGUGCGUGUUCAGGGGCAAUUUCACUCUGCUCUGGAGAAGGGAAGCUGCAGUCAUUUAGUGUUGGUAAGUGAAGGAGGCGGGAUGUUGAAGAGGAGCAGGCUGAAAGCACCGAUGGUACAGUAAAGCAGAGCUAAGAGAAG